AUGACAGAUUCACUCUUGAUCCCUACCGAAAACGACUACUUGGAUGCCCAUGCUGGCGCAUCGCAACAAGAACAAUACAAGCAACUUUGGCACACAGAAUUAAAAACCAAACGUGAUUCCAAAGGACAGUUGGAAUUCCCAUGGGAGUUCCAAGUAGUUCAAGGCUUUUUCAAGCAGAGUGAUUCUAAAACUGACGAUAAGGUUUUCAACUAUGCCACGGACCACAUGGGCCGAUUGAAACCAUGGAAGGUUAUUAUUGAUGAUUUGUUGCAGUUGAAUCAAGAAGCUCCUGACAAUGUCGAAUACAAGCUUUUGUUUCUUGCUCGACAUGGGAACGGGUACCAUAAUCAAAUUGUGGAAACUUAUGGCUUAGACCGAUGGAACAAGGAGUUGCAUAAAUUGGGCAAGUUCGGUGACAUUGAAUAUGGACCCGAUCCACAACUUACUCCAUUGGGAAUGGCACAGGCAGAGGAGAAUCAUCGAUUAUGGCAGCAAGAAUUGCAAGAAGGCGCACCUAUUCCUUCCAAGUUCUACGUAUCGCCAUUGCAACGAUCAUGCAAUACGUUGCAAAUCACGUGGGCUGAUUUGAAACCGAAAUCGAUUGUGCCGCAAGUUGAUGAAUUGAUCAGAGAAACGUGUGGUAGAAAUUUAUGUGAUAAACGGUCACCUAAAAGGGUAAUCCAACAACGGUUCCCCGAUUUCAACACCGAUGGGGUUGUCGAUGAAGAAGAUGUGUUGUACCACGAUGACGAAAGAGAAACAAUGAUCAAUCAAUCAAUUCGAAUUAACAAGUUUUUACAAAAGCUAUUUGAUUUGGAUUAUGAUGCCAAAAAUGGCAAAGUUGAUAAGAAAUUGGCCGAGGAGGAUACUUUUAUUGCUACUUAUUCUCAUGCUGGUACUAUUAGAUGUUUUAUUAAUGUGUUGGGCCAUCGUAAUUUCACCAUUUCUACAGGUGGUAUGAUUCCUGUUGUCAUUAAAGGAACGAGAAGCAGUUAG